GAAUUAUCGAAAGGUUUGAAUAAUGAGAUCCCUGGCGGCGGCACGGCCGUUGUUUUCCGAUUUGCCGAGUCUUGUUCGCUCAUGGCUUCCGCCUUCUUCAAGCUUCAAGGCGUUCUCUUCUUCUUCGUCGGAUUCGGACCUUCGGAAUCAGUCUCGCGGUGGCCUCCCUCGAUUCUUCUCUGAUGAUCUUCCAGCGCGCAAGGGCGGAAUGGUUCGUGUUCAAGGCUCUGAGUUUUGGCAUAUGGCUAAAGUUCUAAGAUUGAAAGCUGAAGACAGGGUAGAACUCUUUAAUGGGAAAGGAGGUUUGGUAGAAGGUUGUAUACAAAACAUUGACAAAACUGGAGUUGAUUUUGUCGCACAAGAAGAUCAGAAGGUGAUUCUUCCUCAGGGCAUGCAGUGGCAGGUGUUUGCAGCUUUUGGCACUUUGAAGGGUGGUAGAGCAGACUGGCUAAUUGAGAAAUGUACAGAACUUGGAGCGAGUAGUGUCACUCCACUUUUAACAGAAAGAUCUUCCAUAAUCUCUGAUAACCGGGUUGACAGAUUGGAACGUGUUAGUUUUGCUGCGGCUAAGCAAUGCCAAAGGCUACAUGAAAUGGUACUAAGCCCUCCGAUCAAAUUUAAUGCUCUCUUGGAUCAUAUUUCCAGGUCAAAGUUAUGUUUGGUUGCUACAGCCGAAGCUACACCUCUUCUCAAUGCAGUACAAUCCUCAGCAAAAGAAUCCAGCGGGCUAUUAAUUGUUGGACCAGAAGGCGAUUUCACGAAGAAAGAGGUGGAGAUGAUGUUGGAAGCAGGCGGCACAGCUGUUGGACUUGGACCACACCGGUUGCGAGUUGAGACCGCGACCAUUGCUCUUCUUGCCACUCUAGUGAUGUGGUCUGACUCUCAAGAGACAAGUCUAAGUGGUGGCUGAGCUUAAGUGUUUGUUGCCCUUGUCUUGUGUUCUGAGAUUUUGUUUGGUGGUCUGUGGAUUUGAUUGAUAAAAAUGCUUUUAUUAAAUUUAUGAGGUUUGGUCGACUCCACUUUGAGUUUCUCUAAUCAAAGCUUCAAUAUAAAAAUAAAUUGAUAAUACAUAGAUUGUACAGCGUAAUCGCCAAGUUGAAUUUGAGAGCAUAACAACAAUCUGAUGAACAAGGUUUUGUAGUAAGCAGUUGAGAAGUUAUCAACUCCACAAAGCAUGAUGCUUUCAGUUUGGUGGACGAGGUACUGAAUCCAUCCAUCGUUGGAGCACAAAUGGUGAUAACAUCAUGACCGUAGUUGCAUCGACAUUACCUUUCACAUACCCCUUAGAACCAGACGUGUUCAUUCGGUAACAACCUUCACUGUUUCUCCAAGUCUCUGUCUCUUGAUGAACAAUAAACUCUUGUCUCUGUAGAUUAUAUGUUACCAAACUCUCGUGGUGUUGACUCCAUAGAUAGACGAUAUUAGUAUCCAACGGAUUCAUAGCCAAGGGAAAACAAUCGUCAUCAAGUCCCAUUGACGCCAUGUCGACUUCUUCCCAUGAAAGCAGCCACCAUUCACCACUCUUUGACUCGUUGUUAUUCAGCUUCCAAACCUUCAAUGUUGGAUACAGGAUUUCAAUGUAGAUAACAUCUUCCCCUGAAGUAGUCAAGCAUCUCCGAACACUUUUGCUGUAAAGAUGAGGAAGUGGUAUAACCAGGCACUGAUCGUCGUCCUCAGGGCCAUAGAAAUCAUAAGCUACAAGGACACCAGGCUCUGUUGCAUCCAAACCUCUUUCCCGCAGAUAAAGCAUCCCGUUGAGAUUCACAGGAGGGUAAGAACCAGCGUAGUUAACAGGAUGAGAGGAAAGAAGUCGCUUGGAAGUCCAUAAACCAGUCUCAGACGAAUACACGUAAACUCUCCAUUCAUGCACUCCCAUGCCUCUAGGUUCAGUCCUUGAAGUCCUGACCACUUUAAACCCUUGAACAAUGUCGUUCUCCACACGCGUUACCAAACCAGUGGGUAUACAUUGGUCUGGAGGCGGAGGAAUUUCGACCCAUUGUUCUAAAACCGGAUUACCAACAAAGGAUUUGUAACUGUAAGGCAUGUUAUCAGUGCGGGUAAAGAAUACAUCGAUCCAAACCAGUCCAUUAGAAGAAGCUACGUAGAAGUAGUUACAUCUAGUAGGGAGAUUGAGAUACCGUUGAAAGGGCUUGAUAUAAAAUCCUAGAGACUUCUGUAGAUCCCAUGUUUGGCAUCCAUGGAAGCCUAUAGCUUCUGGAUGAGGAUACUCAGCUCCGAACAUGAGAGACCAAGAGGAAGAUGAGUUCUUGUGAAGAGAGACGAAGACACGACGGAGAUAGGAAGAUUCUAUCAACGACUUCCAUUGCUUGCACACCAGUUUGAGUCUGGUGAUGCUUCUCAAAGGUAGUCUCGCAAUGAUUUCCACCAGUAUCACCUCUAGAACUGCUCUUCCUCCAAUCUCCAUUGAGAGAACUUGCAAGUUGGCCACCACCAUUUGUCAACUUGUCAUGUUC